CAGUAUUCUAUUGCUUCCUCUCUCAAUUGAUGAAGAAAUAUAAGGAAGGGGAAAGAGAAGACCAAUAAAGCUAGCGUAGAUCCACAAACGCCGAUUUUCUCGAUUUCGAUUUCGGAUUCUAACGCCAUUCUAUCUAACCUCGGCUAAGGUUGUGUUAAGCGGCAAGAAGAUUAAUUGAGGAAGUAAGAGAAGAAAGGGGGAGAAAUGGGAAGCUUCAUAUACCACAUGUUCUCCUCCUCCGGAGUCUUCACUCUGGGUCUCUACCACCUCAUCUCCGCCACCCGCACCCACCUCAAGUCCCCACGUGAAUACUCAGCCAAACCCUUGCACCACCUUUCCAACUUCCCCUCGCCGUCCCCCCGCCUUCGCCGCCUCCCUCUCUACCUCACCAUCCUCUCCCUCUUCAUUGCCUCUGCCCACCAAGCAAUCGUCUCCUUUGAUUCCGACCCCCUCCUCAAGGGCCACACCCCUGUCCACAGAUUCUCCUCCCUCCAGUCUGCCGCCAUCCUUCUUUGCUUUCUCCUCCUCUCCCUCUUCCCUCUCCUCGUCUCCGAACCCCAUGAUGAUAUCUUCUUCGCCCUCGCCUCUGCUCUCUUCUAUCUCUGCUUCUAUUCGUCAUCGUCCUCCUCCUCCUACCAAACCUCUGACCUGCAGGCCGAAUGUGACUCUGUUUCUGCCCGCGUUUUUGCCCUCUCCUCCAUCCUCUCCCUCGUCAUUGCCUGCAAUCCCAGGCUCUUUGUGGCUGAACUUCUCCUUGCUGCUUCCAUUUGCCUUCAGGGCCUCUGGAUAUUCCAAACUGGUCUCUCCCUAUAUGUUGACGCCUUUAUCCCGGAAGGCUGCCACAAGCUGUUGGAUGUCAUCAGUGGUGUGGAGGGCUCUACCAAGUGUGAGUUGGAGGACUCCAAGCUCAGGGCUGUUGCACUCCUUGAUUUUGUCUUUGUCAUUCACGUCUUUUUGGUGCUGCUCAUUGUGACGAUCAUUUACGCCAUUUCUGCUGGCACAAUAGGAAGGCGUCUUGGCUCCUAUGAGGCCUUACCUACAUCUGCAAACCCCGUCGCUCCGAAUCACAUUCAGAUGAAGGCCUUAACUGGAACGCAGGCUUAAUUAAGACUGAUUUACUCGUUGUACUCUUAAUUUUUGUUUUUUUAAUAUUAAAACAGAAAUAGGCACCCAGCUGUUGCUACUGCACUCUUAGUAGAUAGAGUACUUAUGAUGGAUGAUGUUUUUACUCGUUGUUCAUCUGCAGUCAAAUUCGUAUUACAGAUAUAUGAGAACUAUAUGAAGCCCUGAUAUAUUUGGGUAAAAUGUCAUAUCAAGAUGAUAACUUGACUGUCCAACCU